UCCAUAUUGAGAUUAAAAGAUAAAACAAUUCUAGUAUUUAGUGUGUUUUUAAUGACUUCAUAAGUGCAUUAUCUCAGUCUUAAAAUAUAUAAAGAGAUGUUUAUACAAUUAAUAAAAAUUUCUACCGGCGUUAAAACCGCUAUCGAUCGCCGAGGAUUAAUAACUUCCAAUUAAACUCGACGCGCAUUAAUCGAGCCAAAAAUAAGCUAGACUAAAUAUACCAAUUGUGGGUAUACCGGCGGCCAUCUUGUCUAGUAUCAUAUGCUGAUAGCGGACUGCACUUCUCAGCUUCCGUUCGGCUCGACUGGCACAAGACGGAUGAGCAAUUGGGACAAGAUGACAGAAACAAUCCACAUGAUAUUUGCAAGAGCAACAUUUUAUCCUACAUUAUUCUACAAUGUGAUGAUGGAAAGAUGCACAUCUCGCCGUUGGUAUGACCGCAUCGACGAGACAGUCAUCCUGGGUGCUCUUCCUUUUCGAAAAUUCACUCCUCAGCUCUUAGAGAAUGAAAAUGUAAAAGGAGUUGUUUCCAUGAAUGAAGAUUUUGAAUUGAAACUAUGGGUAACAACUAAGCAGGAAUGGAAGGAUAAAGGAAUAGAUUUUCUACAGUUAAGAACUACAGAUAUUUUUGAAACACCAAGUCAAGAAAAAUUACUUCAAGGUGUGCAGUUUAUAAAUAAGUUUGUUGGAACAGGAAAUUCUGUUUAUAUCCAUUGCAAAGCUGGAAGGACUCUGAGUGCUACUCUUGUUGGUUGUUAUCUUAUGCAGAGACACUACUGGGUACCAUCUAAAGCAGUGGAGAUGAUUCGAUCAAAACGACCUCAUAUAUUGCUUUCUAGCAAACAAUGGGAAGCUCUUGAAGAAUUCUAUAGAAUUAAUGUUGCAAAACAGGGGUGAAAAAUACACCUCAAAUGUUACAGAUCAAAGUAAACAUGUACAAGAAUUUUUUUUAUGAAUUGUGUCAGAAACCACAUAUCAUAUUAUUGUAAGGUGCUGAUAUUUUAUACAAUUUAUUUAUUAGAAAAAUUUAUUUAUUUACUUGCUCCAAAUAUGAAGAUUAAUUACCUCAGAUUAAUAAUUGUAAUUGUCAUUUGAACAGCAGUUGAUUAACAGGUCAAGUCUGUUAACAUUCCAUACAUACCAUUACUUACUUUCAUAAUAUAAAUCUUUCAUAAUGUUAAAAAAACUACAGAGAAAGGUAUUUGAGUUGAUUUAAACAUAUCAAACUCUCGUGCUUCCAUUAUUGAAUAACAAACUAUUUUUUGAUGCAGUAUACUAUUUUUAAAUAGUUUUUUAGAAUGUAUUUUUACAUUUUUUUCUUUAAUAUGGAUGUUUUGGAAAAGUUCCAGAAUUUUCACAAAAUACUCAGAACAAACAGAUUUAUUUUUUACAUAAAGCACUAUUUAGAUAUUUUUUCCCUUCAUUUUUUUAUGUACAGUCAUCUCAAUAUUUGUUAACCAUUAAAAAAAUUCUAGUUUUAAGUAUUCAUAGGCAUAUGCUACUUAUAUAGAAUAUUUGAUAGAAUUCUGAAAAACUAUUAUGAUCAAAUGUAGAUUUUUAUCUAUGAUAAUUCCUCUUUUUCUCUUCUAACUUGAGAAAUUAGACCAAUUAAUAUGAAAGUACAUUAAGAUUUUACUAUUAUCAGGUUAAAUAAAGUUCAAAUCUAAUGAUAGAAAAUAUAAUUCAAAGUAAAAAGUGCCUAAGGUAGUUUUGAAAGAAAUUUAAGAAACCAAAAUUUUUAAAAUUCUUAAUUAUAUACGUUCUCAUAAUCGAUAGUAUUUUUAAUGAUGAUCUUAACCAAAUGAACAACUAAAAAAUCCUUUAUAAAUACCACAAAUACCUCUUUCCUCUUCAGAAUAGAAUUGUAAUUAAUGCAAAGAAAGUAUUUCUAUCUGAAUAAAAUAAAAAAACUGAAAAUUAGUUGUUAAUGAAUAGUUUUACUUAUUAUCCAAUAAAUAAAUAUUAAUCCUAAAUGUUAUAACUAAAAUUGUUAAAUUAUAACACAGAUUUCUGUUUCUAUCAAUGGCUUCAAAAGUCAUUCAUUUUAUUUAUCUGACAAUCAAAUAAAGAGUU